AUGACGUCAUAAAAAUGAAAAACAAAGAAUUUCUUCGUAAACAUUAAAAAAAUUUAUUUGAUGGCGAGUCAACCACCAAAUCACUUCGUUGUCGAAACUGAAUCGAAAGGAUCAAGUAACAACAAUAAUCAUCAAAAAUGGCCCUGCAAAUUGUGUCGUGUUGACCGUAAAAAGUUUAUUUGUAAGAAUUGCUUGAGGAGUGGAAAUUAUAUUUCAAGUAAUAACAACAAUGAUUCAGAGAGAUUUAUUGACAAACAACAUAAAUUAAAAAACCUGAAAAAUGCUCAAAAACUUCAAGAAGAAAAUUUCCAUUUGAAAUUCAAGAAUUUUAUUCGCCUAGAAAAUCUUCGUACGUCAAUUCUUGAGCAUCGCAGUCGAAACACAAUUCUCCAUGAGCUCAUCAAAGAGAAACGUGAAACUAUUCAAAAACUCCAAGACAUUAAAAAGGAAAAUCAUGAUAAAAAUCGAGCGCAACGGAUAAUUCUCCCAAAAUAUGAAGACAAAGUUAACAAGCUCGGUGAUUACGUGAUGGAAGCUGUUGAAAAGAACGACAAUCUACGAAAGAAGAGCCAUGAACAGAUGGAACAACUCAAAAAUCUACGACGAAGUUACAUUGAUAAGUUAGUUAAAUUUAUUUUUCCAAUGUCACAUCAAACUCUUAAAAGUGGGAGUUUACAUCAUAGUCGAAAGCCGAGCAAUGAGUCGCUUCAACCAGAUGCAAUAAGUGAAAUUGCAGAAGCUAUGAUGACAUCAGGUGUUAAAAGUGGUUGGGGAAAUGACAAUUUGAAUGAUUUGGUGGGUAAAAAUUUCGUUAUUGUUGCUCCAUCACUUCCAUCUAAUGGAAACUACCAAGAAUACAUUGAUUGGAUUCAUAGUAACAAAGAUGGAACUGUUGUUGUUUCAUCAGGAACAAAUGAACUUGGAAAUGCCAACAAUAGUGCGUAUCGAAUUGCUGCAGCUCUCACUUAUGUUGCACAACUUGUUCAAGCUCUCAGCUUCUAUCUAGACAUCAGACUUCCACAUAAAGUCUCUUAUAAUGACUUUUGCACGAUGGGAUUAAAUGAACAGCAGUUUCAAAAGAAGGUGGCACGACUCAAUCUCAAUAUUGUUUAUCUUUGUUACACUCAAAACCUAUUAAUGCGUAACAUUCAACCAGCAAGAACGAUGGAAAAUAUUUUUCAACUUCUCGACAUUCGUAAUGUUGACUUAGGACGAACUGGACCGGUUCUUGACACAUCACAACGUAGCGUUGAUUCAAUCAUGCAAUCAUUCACGGAUAUAUUCGAUGAUGAACAUUCAGAUUCUGACGAUGAUUCAGACGAUGUGACACUUCAAAAAGACUGGGAAAAUAUUGGAAAUCUUCCACUUGUAGACAUCACACAAUCGACGAUGGUUCAGCAACAGUCAGCGAGUAUGGCUGGGACAAUUAUGAACGUAGCACAUUCACUUUCAUUCUGGAAGUGGAAAUAA